UAUAGCAGUAUCGAGUGUAGCGCUGGUCGUUUUGUAUAUACAGUGGUUUAUAUUAGAAUUUAUCAACUUCGAAUUAAAUCAAAAGUAAUUAUUAAAAAUGAAAAAAGUUGAACAUCGCAGUGUAACUCCAUUAGUAGAGCUUAUUAAAACUUUUGGUCGAAGUAGGAAGGUUGUACCAUUUUUAAGAUAUACAGAUGAAAUUUCUGAACGUACACAACCACCUCCACAUAUACCUGAUGGACCAUAUCAUAAAACUUCAAAAGUGUAUUAUUAUACUCGUGAUGCCAGGCGUCUUGUACAACCACCAAUUGUGAUAUUUUCAGAGAAGCAGCUAGAAGCAGGGGUAAGUGAUGCGGUGCAAAAAAAAUUGAAUGAACCAUAUAAACGAAUAGCAAAAUAAGUAACAUGAAUGUUAAUUGUACAUUGAGUAUAGUAUAUAAU